AAGCAAAUUUGCGUGUUUUUCUUAAAUAAAAUGCGAGAGUGGGUCGACCCGUAGUAGCGUGGGGCGAGGCAUGGAUAUUGAUGUACCCGCCCCACCCCGCCCAUUGCCAUCAGCCCAUCACUAGCCCAAGCGUGCCGGUAACCGAGCCAAGAGUACCAAAUUUUUUUAUGAAGAUUUUGAUUUCGAAUUCGAUGUCAGCGGUCAAUUGGGUAGGGGCUCGUUGUGCGCCGCCGACUAGCUUUUCGACGGCGGUAAGAUCCGACCGUUGAAAUCCUCUCCAUGGUACGAUUCGGGGGCCGGAUCCUAUGUCGCUUCUCCCCGGUCCCCGCGAUCUCGCGCCGCUUCGAAAAACAGAGUAUUCGAUCCUUUUCAGGCAGCGAUUCAAGAGACUCGUAAGGAAGAAUUGGACCUACGUGGAAGAAGAGAACAGAGAGGAGCGAUUGGCUAUUCUUGGGAGAAGAAUUCUGAUUCUAAUUUUGACUCUGUUUCCGGCCGUCGAGGAAGCAGCAGGUCGCUAUUGCCAAUGAGAAUACCAGACGUGAUAUUGGAGCAGGAUGAUUACAAUGCCGAAUUCGACCUUGUUUUGUCGCCGAUGGCGUGAAGCAGUCCUACGCCGGGACGUUCCUGUCGGCGAUAUUGUUUUCCUCGAAAGGGCGGUACAGAAAAUGUGGAGUUACGUAAGAAUCGGUCAAUGAUCAUAAACAAAAAUGUGGCUUUACAUUGCCGGUGUGUAGAGAUCCGAGAUUGGGGCGGUGCUACGAGAGCUACAGCGAGGAUCCGGACAUAGUGGCAAUGACGGAGCUGAUCCCAAACCUGCAAGGAGAUGUUCAUAGUACUGACUUGCGCCAGGGAGUCCCUUAUGUUGGUGGAAAGUAAGUUUCAAAUAAUAAACUACUUCUUUUUCUUUAAUUUACAGGCUAGGAGGCAAAGUCCACGAUUGAAAUUGUGCUUACCGCACCAUUUGUCAGGAUGUCCUUAGAACAUUCAUAGACAAUUUCAUUUUGUGUUGUGUGAUUAUUGGAUGGCCGCCGGGAGGGUUCGACUCCGUCUAGCAGGGCAUCCUCGCUGGGGGCCAAGCGGUCACUAUCAAGUGAAGAAAGAUGAACAAUAUGCCCUGCAGAGCAAGUGAAAUGAAGUUGCAGAGGAUUCUGAAGAACUGAAGAAGAAACCUUACCCAGAAACCGAAACGUUUCUGGGUUCCCUUCCAUCCAGUUUAAGCGAAGGAGAAAUACGACGACGUUGUGGAGUUCUUGAACUUACCGUUGGGUGGAACCGUUUAUGACGAAUGAGACUGUGCCAAGUGGCUUUACAUUUACUGUUAAUUUGAAUUUCAGUUUUGCAUUUCCAUUUUCACUGUUUUGUAACGUGAACUUGAAUUCUCCUGCUUGGGUAUAAAACGAAAGCCAGAGAGAUCCCUUACUCUUUUGUGCGUUUCCCAUUUCAUCGUGCUGUCGUCUUUCCGCUUAACCCUAGCUCGAGCUAAUCUGAAAUGGUAUCAAAGCAGUUGUUGUUCCAGUAACCUGCAAUGGCGACGACACCACCACACAACACUGUGCCGCCGAAUACUCCUCCGGGCAGUAUUCCACUUGGCACAUUCACUGGGAUGAGUUCAGGAGCGACGAAUGGAUCUAACAACAACAACAACGAACACACAUAUCUGAAAUUUGGUAACCCUUUCUAUAUUAACGCAAACGAGAAUAUCUCGCAAUCUAUUAUCUUUGAGGUCUUGGAUGGAACGAAUUACCAGAUUUGGCAACGAGCUGUUCGAAUGGCUCUGAAGACGAAGCACAAAAUUGGGUUCAUAGAUUGCUCAAUUGUUGUUCCCACUAUAGGCGAUCCAACCUAUAGUACUUGGGAUGCUUGUAAUACUCUGGUUCUGUGUUGGAUAUUGAACUCUAUAGAGAAGGAGAUUCGACGAAGCGUGAUGCAGCAUGAGGUAGCUCGAACCUUGUGGGAGGAGCUCAAAGCUCGUUUUGGUUUUACCAAUGCUAUUAAACUGUCGAAUAUGGAGGAUCAAAUCAUUGCUUGCAAACAGGGACCCCAGAGCGUUACUCAGUACUACACAGUCCUAAAGGGUUUGUGGGAAGAACAUCUCCAGUACAAUCCAAUUGUAAACUGCAAUUGUGCUCCACAACGAACUCAACCCUGUGCAGCAGUUGAAGCCUUCAAGCAAAAGCAGGAAACUAAUUAUCUGAUUCGGUUUUUGAAAGGUCUGAGAUCUGAAUUUGAUGUUGUUCACACACAGAUUCUGAUGAUGAAGCCACUUCCCACUGUGGAAGUUGCCAUCAUUACAACAUGAAUAGAAGCUGAAAGCAGACAAGGGAAUCACUAAAGGUGUGCAGACAGUUGCCUUGGCAGUGCAAGGAGAUUCUUUAGAUGGGAAAAAGUUUUGUCGAUAUUGUAAGAAGGAUGGACAUGUCAAGGAAGAAUGUUACCGUUUGAAUAACAAGAAGCUGUGAAUGGCUGGAGGAGUUGCUGCAGCAGUAAAUCAGGGAGUUCAGAAGCUCAGAUACUUGCUGCAAACAGUCCCUUCCUCUGGACCUUCAUCCCCAGCUUCAUCUCCAAUCAACCAUUUGGCUUUCUCUGUGGCUAACAACACUUCUCCAUUCCCUACUUAUGUUGGUAAAUUCAUUCUAUCCUCUUUUAUGCAGCAUAAGUCAGAAUCUCUUUCACAUUCCUGGAUCUUGGACACUAGAGCAUCAGAUCAUAUUGCCUGUCACAUUGAUUUGUUUACUGAGUCCACUCCAGUGCAAGAUCAGUUUGUUUACUUUCCAAAUGGUACCAAGGUGUUGGUUAGUCAUGUAGGAAAGGUUCAACUCUCUCCUGAUUUGUUCCUUGAAAACGUUCUCCUAGUGCCUAGUUUCACAUUCAACCUCAUCUCAGUGAGCAAGUUGACACAUGACCAACCCAUAUCCUUACAUUGAGUCUGAUUCUUGUCAAAUUAAGGACCUGGUGACCCAGAAAAGGACUGGUUUAGCAAGACAGAGUAAUGGCUUGUAUCAACUGCACACCAAGGCCAGAGGACCCCUUCUACCUACACCACAAGCAACCCUUUCUUACAACUUUCAACCACAAAACAUCAACCUUUGGCACUGGAGAUUAGGGCAUCCUGGCAAGGACAAGGAGAAACAGUUACUGCCUAGUGAUAGGAAUGUAGUUUCUCAUUGUCAAACAUGUCACUUUGCCAAACAUAAGAGACUUACUUUUCCUGUUAGUAGUAGUAGAGCAGCUGCUGUUUUUUAUCUGGUUCAUAAGGAUCACUUUGUCAAACAUGUCACUUUGCCAAACAUAACGCUUACUCGCCAGCUUGUGGGGGAGUAUCAAGUGAAGAAGAUGAACAAGAUGCCCUGCAGAGCAAGUGAAAUGAAGUUGCAGAGGAUUCUGAAGAACUGAAGAAGAAACCUUACCCAAAAAACGGAAACGUUUCUGGGUUCCCUUCCAUCCAGCUUAAGGGAAGGAGCAAUACGAGGACGUUGUGGAGUUCUGGAACUUACCGUUGGGUGGAACCAUUUAUGACGAAUGAGACUGUGCAAAGUGGCUUUACAUUUACUGUUAAUUUGAAUUUCAGUUUUGCAUUUCCAUUUUCACUGUUUUGUAACGUGAACUUGAAUUCUCCUGCUUGGGUAUAAAACGAAAGCCAGAGAGAUCCCUUGCUCUCUUGUGCAUUUCCCAUUUCAUCGUGUCGUCGUCUUUCCGCUUUACCCUAUCUCAAGCUAAUCUGAAAGUCACCGUGAAAAUGCCGGCACCGGGUAGCAGCCAGGGCGAGAGGCACCACCUGUCGUGGGAUUAGGAUUUUUUUAAUUUAUGAUAAUUAGCGGAAAAUAAAAAAUAAUUAUAUUUUAUUAUUUUUAAAUUAUCACGUCACUCAUUUAACGGUCAACUAUUAGAAUUGACCGUCACAUCAGCAAAAGUUAACGGAGGCUAACGACCAGUGACCAAACUUGAACUGUUAACCUAAUUUAAGUGACUAUGGAUGGAAUAAAGUAAUUCUAGUGGC